UGGAAUUUUCUUCCUGAAGGUUUUGCAAAUUUUCAGAAAUUUGGGGGAUUUUUUUGCUGAAUUUUUGGAUUCUUUUCAGACAGGAAACAAUAUUUUUUGGAGCCUGUAAAUGAGGACAACAGGAGGAUUAAAGUGAUCAGACUGAUCCAUCAAUUCUGAUCAUAAUUCAUAAUAGCAACUAUUUAUAGUAGAUAUAAUACUUAAACUGACUACUUGGAUGCUUCUGAUUGUAUUAUUGAAUUAUUAUUAUUUUUGUUAUUGUCUAAAUGAAAUAUUUUAGAUUUUCCAAAACAAAAGCCUGUAGUUGAGAGACGUCCAAUCCAAAUCAUUUAACAUGUAGCUACCAGAGGAUCAGGAGUCCUGAAUGAACUGACUGUCCAAAGAAGUGCAUGGAAAUACAUCAGAAAUAUUCAGAAAAAAUACAAAUAAUCCCAUGAAAGAAAGUCUGAAACAGGAUGUUAUUAAAUGUCAGAAAAUAGUACUAAAUGUUGGAAGAAUAAUAGUAAAUGUUCAACACACCAGACAUGCUGCACCCCCCCGUCCUGUUUCCUCUGGUGUCCCUGUUCACGGCCCUCUCUGCACGCCUCCUUAAUCCAGCAUUUACUUUAUUUUCUUCCGUUUUGCAGUGGUCUGAUGUUGCAGAUUUGAGGUUUUCCUGUCGUGCCUUUUCUUCCUGAGAUCUGACUGAGUCGUGUUUGCUUUACACAUUCCUGAGGAUGUUCUUUUCCCCUAAAAAUCACAGCUUACAGGACACCCACCCACACAGACCAGUACCUUCUCUGGACUUCAGAACAUCCAGCAGCACACGAACUCUCAGCAGUCAGAACUUUAUAUGAACGGACCGCCAUCAUCACAGAAGAACAGGACAGACGACAGGAGGAACCAGACAUCCAGCAGGCAUCCACACACCGCCAGAACCGCAGGUGGGCCACAAAUAAAGGAAUACAACAGGAGGCGCUGCUGUCUGACAAUAAAAGCUGCAGUAGAAGAAGAAGUCGGAGCCAAUCAGAGCGCAGACGGAAGUGUCUCGGUGAAUGGUCCAUCAGAUGUUCCUUCAUGACUGCUCAGGUGCUCGUGUUGUACUUCGCUAAGAGCGCCGAGCUGACCGGCCGGAAGGAGGAGGAGCUUCCUGACGUCCCGACACCAAUCAGCAGCGGCGACCUCUGGAGGCUGUUGCUACGGCGACACCCGAGGCUGUCGGCGCUGCAGCAUCACGUGGUCUUGGCGGUGCGUCAGCAGUACGUUGCCGUGGGCGACCAGGUGGUGACUCUGGCGGACGGAGACGAGGUCGCAGUGGUGCCACCGCUCAGCGGAGGAUAAAACGAGACG